ACAGAUCGUACAGUAUGAAGUGCGUCAUCUUCUCCCUGUUGUUAGCUGUGGCAUUGGCGCUGCCCGCGCCUAAACCAGACGACGACGACGACAGUAGGCCGCGCCGUAGUUUCCCAUUGUUUAGUUCGCGCAGUCUUUCGAGAUCUUCAAGCGACAGGGAAGACGAUGAUGAUGAUAACUCGACUUAUGAAAAAUAUACGAGAUCUGACAGAGACCGGGAAGAUGACGAUGAUGACAACUCGACUUACGAACCAUCUUGUCAGAGUUUAUCAAGAUCAAGCCGGUAUUCCGAUAGCGACCGAGAAGAUGACGAUGAUGAUAAUUCAACCUAUGAAUCACGAUCAAGCAGUAGCAGUAGUAGUAGCAGCAGCAGUAGCAACUCUAAUGCCGAAAGAAGUUACAGGUCAAGCGAACGCGUAGCUGAACUAUCGUCAUAUUUGGACUACCUCAAUGAUAAAUAUGAUGGCCAGGGUGUUUUGAAAGUAGAAUACACUCCGGCAGUAAAGAAGUUCAACAAAUACACAAGAACACACAACCUAGGGUCACUCCACUUCUCAUACCAUCCUCCGGAUAAGUCCUACCGGUCAAAGAACUACAAGAAUUAUUUUGUCUAUUCGCCGCGCGCAAGUGUCCAAAGCAGCUCAAGCUUAUAUAAAUCAAAUGUACAGCCCUGGGACUCAUAUAGAUCUGACGAAGACGCAUCAUCAGAAUAUGAACCUUACUUCAAGUCUGAUUACUCGCCUUACAAAUCUUGGAAGUCUAGAAGCCAUAAGAAAUCCAUGUUUGGCAGGAACAACAGGCAAGACGACUUCGACGAUGACAAUAAUUAAACAAUUAUUUAAUUAGUUAACGAACGCUUAUGUACUCACGGACGUAUGAAUUUUAUUUAAAUAAGUAAAUCAAAUGCCAAUAAAGGCGAUGUUGCAGCAA